CGGCAGCAUGGCGGCGGCGGCGGGUGCCCCUCAGCCGGGUCCGCCGCAGCCGCCUCCGCCGCCGCCGCCUGAGGAGUCGUCCGACAGCGAGCCCGAGGCGGAGCCCGGCUCCCCGCAGAAGCUCAUCCGCAAGGUGUCCACGUCGGGCCAGAUCCGCCAGAAGACCGUCAUCAAAGAGGGGAUGCUGACCAAACAGAACAAUUCAUUCCAACGAUCAAAAAGGAGAUACUUUAAGCUUCGAGGGCGAACGCUGUACUAUGCAAAAACUGCCAAGUCGAUCAUAUUUGAUGAGGUGGACCUGACAGACGCCAGCGUGGCUGAAUCCAGCACUAAAAAUGUCAACAACAGCUUUACGGUCAUCACUCCAUGUAGGAAACUCAUCCUAUGUGCAGAUAACAGAAAAGAGAUGGAAGACUGGAUCGCAGCGCUGAAGACGGUCCAGAGCAGGGAGCACUUUGAGCCUACCCAGUACAGCAUGGACCACUUCUCAGGGAUGCACAACUGGUACGCCUGCUCCCACGCGAGGCCCACCUACUGCAAUGUGUGCCGAGAGGCUCUGUCUGGGGUCACGUCCCACGGACUGUCCUGUGAAGUGUGUAAGUUUAAGGCCCACAAACGCUGUGCUGUGCGUGCGACCAGUAACUGCAAGUGGACCACGCUGGCCUCCAUCGGGAAGGACAUCAUCGAGGACGAGGACGGGAUCGCCAUGCCUCACCAGUGGCUGGAGGGGAACCUGCCCGUGAGCGCCAAGUGCACAGUGUGUGACAAGACCUGUGGCAGCGUGCUGCGUCUUCAGGACUGGCGCUGCCUCUGGUGCAAGGCCAUGGUGCACACGGCGUGUAAAGAAUCCUUACUGACCAAGUGCCCGCUGGGCCUGUGCAAAGUGUCGGUCAUCCCGCCCACCGCUCUCAACAGCAUCGAUUCUGAUGGCUUCUGGAAGGCCACGUGUCCUCCAUCCUGCACGAGUCCAUUGUUGGUCUUCGUCAAUUCAAAAAGUGGGGACAACCAGGGUGUGAAGUUCCUCAGAAGAUUUAAGCAGCUGCUGAACCCUGCCCAGGUCUUUGACCUCAUGAAUGGAGGACCACACCUUGGCCUACGCUUAUUCCAGAAGUUUGAUACGUUCCGGAUUCUGGUUUGUGGUGGAGAUGGCAGUGUUGGUUGGGUCCUCUCUGAAAUCGACAGCCUCAACCUUCACAAACAGUGUCAGCUGGGAGUGCUGCCCCUCGGCACAGGGAAUGACCUGGCUCGCGUGUUAGGCUGGGGCUCAGCCUGUGACGAUGACACCCAGCUCCCGCAGAUCUUGGAGAAGCUGGAAAGAGCCAGCACCAAGAUGCUGGACAGGUGGAGCGUCAUGGCCUACGAGACAAAACUCCCCCGGCCAGCCUCCUCUUCCACUGUCACCGAAGACUUGAGUGAGGGCUCCGAGGUGCAGCAGAUCCUCUUCUAUGAAGACUCGGUCGCGGCCCAUCUCUCUAAGAUCCUGACCUCCGACCAGCACUCGGUGGUGAUCUCAUCAGCCAAAGUGCUCUGCGAGACCGUGAAGGACUUCGUGGCUCGGGUGGGGAAGGCCUACGAGAAGACCACCGAGAGCUCAGAGGAGUCGGAGGUCAUGGCCAAGAAGUGCUCUGUCCUGAAAGAGAAGCUGGAUUCUCUCCUCAAGACCCUGGAUGACGAGUCCCAGGCCUCGUCCUCUCUGCCUACGCCGCCCCCCACCAUCGCCGAGGAGGCGGAAGACGGGGAGGGGGCGGGCGGCAGCUGUGGCUCCAGUUCCACCGGGGACCGUGCCGUGGGGUCGGCCUGCCCAGCCCGGCCGCAGAUAUUCCGUCCUCGGGAGCAGCUCAUGCUGAGAGCCAACAGCCUGAAGAAGGCGAUUCGCCAGAUCAUAGAGCACACAGAGAAAGCUGUGGACGAGCAGAACGCCCAGACCCAAGAGCACGAGGGGUUCAUCUUAGGUCUCUCCGAGUCGGAGGAGAAGAAGGACCUGAAGUCGGACGACAGAGCGUGCCACGGCGAGGGCCACGGCGAGGGCCACGGCGCUGCCAAGGGCAGGAGCCUCCGCAGAGUGUCCAAAUCCCCGUGUGAAAAGCUGAUAAGCAAAGGAAGCUUGUCCCUGGGCGGUUCUGCCUCUCUUCCUUCGCAGUCAGGAAACCGGGACAGCCUGCCAGCACUGAACACGAAGAUCCUGUUCCCCAAUGUUCGCGCCGGGAUGUCUGGUUCCUUGCCUGGAGGUUCAGUCAUCAGUCGAUUAUUAAUUAAUGCUGAUCCCUUUAACUCCGAGCCAGAAAACCUGAAGAACUGCUUAGAGGCUGGCAUGCAGGGUUGUUCUAAAUGGCGUGAAACGCUCCUUUGCAGAGAGUAUUACACAGAGAAGUGCGUCAUGAACAAUUAUUUUGGCAUCGGCCUGGAUGCGAAGAUCUCCCUGGACUUCAACAACAAGCGUGACGAGCACCCAGAGAAGUGCAGGAGUCGAACCAAGAACAUGAUGUGGUACGGAGUCCUCGGCACCAGAGAGCUGCUGCACAGAACCUACAAGAACCUGGAGCAGAAGGUCCUGCUGGAGUGUGACGGACGACCCAUCCCACUGCCCAGUCUCCAGGGAAUUGCUGUCCUCAACAUUCCCAGCUAUGCUGGAGGGACCAACUUCUGGGGGGGCACCAAGGAGGACGAUACCUUUGCAGCCCCGUCGUUCGAUGACAAGAUCUUGGAGGUGGUCGCGGUGUUCGGCAGCAUGCAGAUGGCCGUCUCCCGUGUCAUAAAGCUGCAGCAUCACCGCAUCGCUCAGUGUCGCACGGUGAAGAUCUCCAUCCUGGGGGAUGAGGGCGUACCUGUGCAGGUGGACGGAGAGGCCUGGAUCCAGCCGCCAGGGUACAUUCGGAUUAUCCACAAGAACCGGGCACAGACGCUCACCAGGGAUCGGGCCUUUGAGAACACCCUGAAGUCCUGGGAGGACAAGCAGAAGUGUGAGCUGCCCCGCCCUCCAUCUUUCUCUCUGCACCCGGAGAUCCUGUCCGAGGAGGAAGCCAACCAGAUGGACCAGUUUGGGCAGGCAGCGGGGGCCCUCAUCCACAGCAUCCGGGAAGCAGCGCGGUCCCACCGAGACGUGGAGCAGGAGCUCGCCCACGCCGUCAACGCCAGCUCCAAGGCCAUGGACCGGGUGUACGGCAAGCCCAGGGCCGCAGAGGGGCUGAGCUGCAGCUUCGUGCUGGAGAUGGUGAAUAACGUCAGAGCUCUGCGCAGCGAGACGGAGCUGUUGCUGGCGGGGAAGCUGGCCCUGCAGUUGGAUCCCCCUCAGAAGGAACGGCUCACGGCUGCCCUCGUCGAGAUGGACCAGCAGCUCAGGAAGCUGGCGGACACCCGCUGGCUGUGCCAGCCCGUGGAGCCUGGUGAUGAAGAGAACGUGAUGCUGGAUCUUUCCAAGCGCAGCCGCAGCGGUAAAUUCCGCCUGGUGACCAAGUUUAAGAAGGAGAAGAAUAACAAGAACAGAGAAGCUCGCAGCAGCCUGGGAGCCCCGGUUCACCUCUGGGGCACAGAGGAGGUUGCUGCCUGGCUGGAGCACCUCAGUCUCUGUGAGUAUAAGGACAUCUUCACGCGGCACGACAUCCGGGGCUCAGAGCUCCUGCACCUGGAGCGGAGGGACCUCAAGGACCUCGGCGUGACCAAGGUGGGCCACAUGAAGAGGAUCCUGUGUGGCAUCAAGGAGCUGAGCCGCAGCACCCCUGCCGCCGAGGCCUAGCCUCCGCCCUCUGGGCCUGCGUCCCCCGCGCCUCCCGCGACUGAGCCGGCUCGGCGCCGCUCAUGGUGCUACUCCCGCCGACCCGGCCCGGCGGCCUGGGCCCCGGGUCCCGACCCGCAACACAGCUACCUUCCAGCCGACGCCGCCUCCCGCCCUGUCCCGGGCCUGGGCCCCUCCGUGUGCCCUCAGCGGCGCAGCGCGGGUAACCGUCUCCCGCCCCUGCCGGCCCGCGCUGUGUCCCCGCGCGUCUGAGUGCCCUGGUGUGAGCGCGGCCUGGCUGCCUUCCGUCCCGCCGGUUCAUUUUGACAGGAAGGCGACGCUGGGUGCCCCUGAAGCCGAGCAGACGGUAGUUAGGGUCUGGGGCUGACGAGCUCGCGCCCCGACCGUCUUGGCCCCUCGUCCCUGGGCCGCGGGCGCGGGGUCCCCUCUGUGCCCAGGACGCCUGGCCUGUCGUCUCCCCGCCGACAGAGGCUGGUCCGUGUUUUCUGUGUGGAGGAGGCUUCCCGGGCUGCCGAGGGCAUCAGGGGCCGCCCAGAGUUUCUCACCCCGGGGCGGAGCCGCCAGGUCAGCGUCCCUCCGCGGGGACGAAGCUGAGCCGGAAACGGACCCGGCGGUACCCCGGUCCUCACCGCCUGGCACUUGGCCCUUUUCUCCGCUUCCGCCUCCCGGGGGCUGUGCGUCGCCGUCCCGAGGGGCCCGGGAGCGGGGGCGCUGUCGUCCCGAGGGGUCCAUGGGGCGCGCGGCGGAGCAUUGACCUGCCGCUCGCUUCGCACACGCUCUGCCGGCUCCCCGCCGGCCGCGCAGUCGGCCGCUGCCUCCGGCCGGCGGGGGCUCCCACUGGCGGGCCUCCCGGCGCUGAGCUCGGCCGAGGCCCUGCCCCAGGCCAGCUUGUCCCCGCGGGCGGGGUGGCCGCGACCCACCCAGCGGUAGUGUCACUCUCCGCGCCCCCGAGGUUCCCGCCCAUCAGAGCCUCCGCUGCGGGUGGAGGGAGGUGGAGGAAACCCAGUCACAAGUCCCUGGGUUUCAAAGUAGAACAGGCUAGCCCGGCCCGCGGUGCCAGACGCCGUCUGCUCUGUUGCUUCGGGCCGGGGGCACCCUGGGCUCUGAGGCCUUCAGGCCGACGCACAGGAGGGGACUGGGCGGAGGAGGGCGCACGUGGGGUUUGGUGGCCGGUGCUACAGGGCCACCGUGGCCCUCAGCGCCCUCCCUUGGGAAAGCCUUAGGUUUAGGUCAAGCGUGGUGUUUAAAGGUAACGUGGUCAGUGAUUAGAGCAACACUGUUUACGUGAAACCACUUUCUGAGGGUAGUGAGAGCGAGUGGAAUAAGCACGAGCGUUGCGCGAGGCCGCGUUUGCAGGGCGGCGUCCCACGCGCAUUGUGGUGCGUGUUGCUGCGCGUGGGGCUGCCCUCUGGGCCCCCGCUCCCGCCGUGAGGCUGGACGGCUGUCCCUCGGGGGUCCCCGGGGUCUCACGGUCCUGUCAGUGUAGAGGGAGGGAGGAGGGAUCCCUGGAGUCUUGGAGAAAAGGUUUUGUGCCCUCUGGUGGGGCUUCCCCCAUAUUUAUGAUCUUAAUUUAUACAGCUCCCACCGUGGAAGCAAACGCCUCCUGUAUCGCUAUGUACAUAUCCACAUCUGGAGUUGUAAAUACGUUGUUCUGUGUAUAAAUAAAACAAGCCUGUUUUUGAUCUUUCA